AUGACGGAUGGAUUGGCGAACAUGAGAAACGGCUGUUGGAUCCGGUGGAAAGAAAUAUCAGGUGGCUCUGGGCGGCUUCCCCCCUUUGAUUUGACGGUUGCGUACACGUACAUACACACACGCGCGCGUGCGCGCAGAUACACAGACGCCCACCGAAAAGGCUACCUUCUUCUGGCGGAAACAAGGGACCGGGCCAGUCAGGUCGCCGUCAAGCGGACUUAUACACGCACCACCGAACGCAAUCCAACAACGACACCACCUCCACGACGCCCGGCAGGCAGCCCUGGGAUCACGCCGGUCUCACGAUUUUUGCCUAGUUGCAGGAACGGCGGGCGGGUAUUCACAUACUGCAAGCUCCCUGCCUGCCUCAUAACCUAUAAGCAGUCAGUAUUCAUCUCUUCAUCCUUGGACUCCCUUACCAUCACCAACAACUACUAUAUGCAUGCAUCCCUGGCUCAUGCCCCAGCUCGGCCUGUCUGUCAGCCAGUAAUAGUAAAUCAGUGA